GAUUUCAAAAGCAAGGAAGAUUAGAUAUGGUUUUGAAGGCGACAUAAUACAAAACACACCGAUCUUCGUCCUAAGAUCUGAAAUCCUCGGUGGGUUUUGUUUUCAUGUAGUGUAGCUUCACUUUUUGGUUGUUUUUUGGGGUCAGAUUCAGUUCGAUGAGUCAUCUUCAAAGUUGCUGAGUUCACCCUCCUAGUUUUAUUUUGUAGUUUGUACAUAAAAGGGAUUUUUGACUUCAUUGAAAUGUCUGGCAAAAAAACAGGCUUACAAUAAUCAUAUAAUUGUAAAGGAAACAUCAAACAUGGUUCAGGAACUAGAAGCUAUCAAUGGAGGUGGUGGAGGAUCAAUUAAGGUGGGAACUAAAGGGACAAUCAGUUCACUGAUGACAAGGGAACUGGACUCCAUUAAAACACCAAAGCAAACACCUGUAUCUCUUAGACACAAGUCUCUGGCUACAUCAGUUGAUGGUUCAUCUGCGAUUCCGAGACGUUUACAGCUGAGGAAAUCAUCGGAUGGAGUCGGCACCAGCGGCGUUCAUAGCGGCACGAGUUAUAAAAGCCUCCAAGGUUCUGUUCAGAAGACACGAAGCUUUUCUAAAAACGUGCAUCAGAUGCCAAUGCUUGGCUCCGAAAAUGUUGCAUUAGAAAGAACUCCUAUCAGACAGAAAAGUGACAAGAAAGUGUCAAACAUUGUUGAAGUUGUGGACGUAAAAUGUGGAAAUUCGGAUCAAGCAUGGGCGAGUCCGAUAACGAAUCGUCUCAAGAAGCUCGGAUUCUCCAAGCUCUCCGAGAGCAUCAUCUAGUCUUGAAACUUCUUCGAAUCCGAUUUCAGGUUCCUAUAUCCGAAACCUGAAACCCCGACCGGCCUGUUUUCCGAUACUUCCACCAUAGAACAAAUGCUUGCUACAAGUUUGCUGCCUCUAUUCUUCUUCUUUUCAGCUGCCACAACCGGUCCAACAAUAGAUCUACAACGAGGCUUGUUCGAGCAAUCCCGACAGCGUAUCUCGAGCCUGAGCCGGUUGAAGUAGUCGAUCUCUUGCAGUAACAAGGAUCCCACAGUUCCUUUGGUACCUAUUUCAACAGGGCGAUGUGCAGCCACUUCAACUGCAACAUUUUGGCCACUGCUUUUUGAUCUUUGCAUCCUUUGUUCUUGGUGUUUCCACUGGUUGUUUGGUCUAUCGUAUGCUUUCGAUCUCUCUUUAUUUAAAGUGAACUACAUUGAACAUUUAAGCUCCUAACUAACAGUGCCUGUUUUACUUCAACUACAUUACAUUGGUUUUAUCUUAAA